CCAAGACGGGCAACAUUUUCCCAAUUACGACAGCACCUGAAGGCAGCAGUGAGAUCCACAAACUCUAUCAGUGAGAGUGCAGGUGGGGAAAAAACGUUAUUUAGCUUUCGUUUGUCAUGUUAGAUUUUCCAGAGUAGUUGUCUUUUAAUCUUAAACUUUUAAGAAGAGUCAGCAAGGGUUUUCUUUUCUUCUUUAUUUGAAUGUUUUUUAAUUCCGUCGUGAGUGGCCCGGUGUCACACAUGGCUCCCCGGGCGGUCUGGCUCUUGGUCGCGCUGUCCGGUGUGCUCACUGUGUGCUCCUGCUGGGCUUAUACCUGUCCGGCCAUCUGUCGCUGCAGCGCCGACACUUUUCAGUGCAGCAGAGACACUCAGCUGGCCACCCGGGCAGGAGCAACAUCCGUGCCUCGACUACGGCUCACUCAUCUGACCUUGAAAGAAGUCCCCACUCAUGCAUUCAAGGAGCUGAUCAACAUUACAAUAAUUGAGAUCUCCCAGAGCGACUGCAUCACAAAGAUACAGAGACACGCCUUCCUUUCCCUUCGCAGCCUGACUCAAAUUUCAGUGCAGAAUAUCAACAGUCUGAGGGUUAUUGAAAAAGAGGCCUUCACUGACCUGCCCAAGCUGGAAUAUUUGAGCAUCUCGAACACAGGGGUGAUACACUUCCCAGACUUCACAACUAUCUCUUCCCUGGCGCCAAAUAUUAUCCUAGAAAUGGCAGACAACAUGAGGAUCGACGUCAUUCCUGCGAAUUCUUUCCAGGGUAUCACAGAGGAAUAUGUUGAAAUGAACCUCAUUAGAAACAGCUUCAAAGAAAUCAAAUCUCAUGCAUUCAAUGGAACCAAGCUCAACACACUAAUUUUGAGAGACAACAGGUAUCUCAGUUACAUCCAAGAAGACGCUUUUGAAGGAGCCACAGGUCCAAGUCUUCUGGAUGUUUCCUCCACAGCUCUGAGUUCCCUCCCCCCUAAAGGGUUAAGGCAGGUGAGGUUUCUGAAAGCCAGCUCUGCCUUUGCUCUGAAGGCCCUCCCGCCACUGGAGAGCCUGGCUGAGCUGCUGGAGGCCGAGCUCACGUACCCUAGCCACUGCUGUGCCUUCCACACAUGGCGUCGAAAACAAAGGGAAAGUGCCUUAAAGAACUUCACAAAGCUGUGCGAUCUCAGCGAAACUGAAACAGAGCCCACUGCAGAUGGUGUGAAUCUUUUUGACGACAUCAACUUUCAGUAUCCAGACCUGGAAUUUAAUUGUUUGAACAACCCCUUCGUCAAGUGCACGCCAAAGCCAGAUGCUUUUAACCCUUGUGAGGACCUGCUGGGCUUUCCAGUCCUGCGCUGUCUCACCUGGAUAAUUACAGUUUUCGCUGUGGCUGGUAACCUGGCUGUUCUUGUCAUCCUGCUAAUUAGCCACCAUAAGCUGACCAUCUCCAGGUUUCUCAUGUGUAACCUGGCCUUCGCCGACCUGUGCAUGGGGCUCUACCUGAUGCUCAUCGCCUUCAUGGACUACUACUCCCGUCACAAGUACUAUAACCACGCCACAGACUGGCAGACAGGGCAUGGAUGUGGCAUAGCUGGGUUUUUGACUGUGUUUUCCAGCGAGCUCUCAGUAUACACACUGACAGUGAUUAGCCUAGAACGCUGGCACACCAUCACCAAUGCCAUGCAUGUCAACAAGAGGCUCCGGAUGCAACAUGUGACAGCCAUGAUGGGGGCAGGGUGGGGGCUCUCUCUGCUGGUUUCCCUGCUCCCUCUAGUGGGGGUCAGCAGUUACAGCAAAGUGAGCAUCUGUCUGCCCAUGGACAUCGACACACCAGCCUCUCAGGUUUAUGUGGUGGCUGUGCUCAUUUUCAACGUCGUCGCUUUCCUGGUGGUUUGCUACUGUUACAUCUGCAUAUUUCUGAGCGUCCACAACCCAGAGCACUCUACCCAUCAUGGAGACACUAAGAUUGCCAAACGCAUGGCUGUGCUCAUUUUCACAGACUUUUUGUGCAUGGCGCCGAUCUCCUUCUUUGCCAUCUCAGCAGCCCUGCGCAUGCCACUCAUAACCGUGUCUAACUCAAAGAUCCUGCUCAUCCUUUUUUAUCCCAUCAACUCCCUCUGCAACCCUUUCUUGUACACCCUCUUCACACGGGCUUUCAGGAAGGACGUGCGCCUGCUGCUGAGCCGCUGCGGCUGCUGCCAUGCCAACACUGACUUCUACAGGUCACAGACUCUGGCUUCGCACCUCAACUCUACCCAGAAAACGUCCACCAGAAAACAUCACUCGCAUAGCUUCUAUGCCUAUCACAUUAAGAUGAAGGGUUGCUUUCUAAACAAGGGAGCCACAUGACCAUCAACAUAGAGAAUUGUAUUAUGAACUUGAAGACAGCAUCUGCUGUCUCGCUAAAAAUGCAUUUCUUCAAACUUUAGGUCAGGUUGAAGAGACUGCUCGUCUUGUACAUGGCAGGCGUCAGACCAGAUUUGAUCUAGGUUAGUUUAUAAAGUGUACCACAUUACCGGAAACUCUCAAAGUGGCAGGUGGAUGGAGCAGGAUUGGGGAAUAAAUAAAACACCAGUUUGUUUGCAAAGCUAUCCUAAAGAAUUGAUGGUCAUCAAGAUAUAUAAAACAGCACUUGUGUAUGGUGUUGUGACAACCAGAUAUUUGGUUCUAUUAAAGAUCAACAGGUAGAAAGUCUUUAUUAUCCUAUCCUUAGAAAGGCUGAGAUUUUGAGUUUGAAUUAAUAAAAAGUAAAUAUAAUCAAAUGGAAGUCUUUGUUUUAGCUCAUCCGACAUCAGUUUUAGUGCCAUCUACUGGGUUGUUGUACUCAGGAGACAUUUGGACACACUUGAAGACUGCACACAUGUCAGAGCAGCCAAGGGACUCAGUUAAAGCUGCAGCCUGGUCUUUGAGAAUAUUACUGCUGUUCAAAAUGUCCUGGAUUUUCACAAUAAGACAUUUUAAUAAAAGAAAAAAAAAGGUGUUCAAUUA